AUGGACAACGAGAUUCCAGAGAUCGACACGGGUCGGGGAGAAUGGGACGAAGACUAUCAGGCAAAGGUUCUGGAGACAAAGGCCCUGGAGACAAAGGCCUUGGAGACAAAGACCUUGGAGGCAAAGACUGGUCCGGAUGCUGGGCCACAGCGCGCAGCUACUCAGCCCCUGCGUCCUGCUGUUGCCACAAACCUGCAUAACAAAGCUCCACCGCAUGAUGGUCUCGGGGCACGCGAGAUUCUGGCGAAAGAUAGCCUGCCAGUGAAUCACCUCGGGGUCCCAUCAUCUUCAGCUAACAAUGGGCUUGCUCGUAGGGCUUCAGAGUCGGUCCCAAGCAAGGCUCCCGCAUGGAUGAUCAAGAAAUUCACUGAGACCAAGAAGUCUAAGCAAGGUUGGGCAGAGCACCCUGGGCUCAUCACAACAAGAAAGGGCAACCAGAUAGCCUUGGAUGCAGCCACUAACAAGUAUCUAGGCCCUAUUCCAGAGAACACUGACUUCAACUGCACGGGGUACUUCGGUCAUUGUGAUCCCGAUCUCAUUGCGAGUCAGAACGUAGACAAAGCAUGGGAUCGUAUCCGCAUUGCAUACCGUGUCUAUAUAGCCCUUGAUGCUGAAAAUAAAACCAUUGUUGUUGAGGCCGAGACGGAUGAAGAUUGCGUAACAGCUCUUGGCCGCAUCAGAAUCACCCUGUUUCACGCAGAGGCUAACGAGCGAACCUGUCGUGCUCGUUAUAUUGUUGAGCCGCCUUCGGCAUCAUCCAUGCGCAAAGAAGUCCUUGGUGUAGAGUUAGCGGAUUCAAAGGACAAACUCGACAAGUGUGUGAAACUAGCUGGCCCUGGGCUAGGUCCAAAAGAGGUGAAGGAAUGGGAGCAGAAGAGGAAGGAACUUAUGGCCUUGAACGAGAAAGUAUUUGCAGACCACUUGGGCAAUGCUUUUAUCAAUCUGUGUGCGUUGAACAGCAGCAUGAGAAUGAGAGUGCAAUUUGGCAACAUAAUUCUGAGACGCUACCGUGCUGAGAUGGCGAAGUCAGGGUUUGCAUUCGAGAAAUUUGUCGAUAUGAUGGGUCAGUCUCGGACGGGUGCUGUGUUCGAAAAGACGAUCGGUGGGAAUGAGUUGGGCUUCCAACUUAUUCGCAAAAUCCAUCAAUCUACUGAUUUGUUUUGUCCUUUGGACAACCUGAUCGGAAACAUGUCCGACAUCAAGCCCAAGCAGAGACUUGUAUACAGAAAAUGCGGAACUGUCGGCUUCCGCCUCGAGGCAGAUAUCGAUAUAUCGGCGAGGGGCGGCGAAUACCAACUUGGAGAAAAUUCGCUUUAUAAAGAGGAUAGUGCUCUGAAGAAGCGACUUGACAUUGGGUUUCUCGGCUUUGACAGCAAGUUCCAUUGGGCUCUCGAGAUUAUGACCCAGGAGAGGCUGUCCUCCAACAGCGUCUCCAUCCAAGCCACGGCACAGGAACUUCUCUCAUCUGCCAAAGUCGAGGAAGACAUCAUGGGCUUUCCUUACCCAUCCGCUGGUCCCAAUAGACGUUUGAAUGGCAACGACACGGCAAACAUUCACACUAUCUUUCAAUACAAACUCAUGGGCACUCCCUACGUGGUGCAAAUUCUACUGUCCAGAGGAAUUUGCUCAGACACUGUUGGUUACUGCGGAGCCUCCAUGUACUCGACGAAUUGGGACGACCACAUGGGACCGAAUGAAGGAGAAAUCUGUGAACGCUGGAAGCUGGGAUCUGAUCUUCGGGUGCUGUUUCCUCCACCUCCGUCACCAAAGCCAUCUUCAUUUGCAGCUGGCGGUCAAGUCAUUGACAAGCAUGAAGGAUUCCGUGCGUUUCUCGCUGCUGUUGCGAAGGUUCAAUCUUUUCUGAGUGAAGCUGCAUCUGGCAAUUAGUUGACAGGUUGGGGGGGUUAUAGAUGGAUGGACUCGUGGGAAACCACAUUGUGUUGCAAAUGUACUCAAUCCAGCAGCGGUAAAUAGCAGUAAGACAGGGACAGGGACAAGUACUCGUUUUCACAAUGUGGGAAACAGAGAAUAGCAAGACAAUGAGACAAAGAUCAACC